UUCGCAACUUCCCAUCGCCGCACCACAUUCUUCCCCACACACACACACGCACAAAAAAAAACCCUUCCCAUCCCCGCCCCUCCUCCCACCAGCUCCUCACCGCCGCCCGUCCCUCCACUUCCACCGCUGUCCUUGCCCUCCUGGUUACCGUCAGGGAGGACGCAUCCUGGAUCUGGCGAGCGCGUCUUCCUUGCGCACCUGGUGACCGGCGUCGGCGCCCUCCAAGCAGCUCCGAUUUGACGAGACCGUCGACGCCGGUCGAACCAAGACGGAGACAGGCCAUCAAUAGCAAGGCUGGGCCGCUGGCGGCGUCCAGGUUUCCAGAGUUCCAGCUGAGGGGGAGAUAGACCGGCGCGGAAGUCGAGUCGGACGGAUCUCGGCUGUCUGGAGAAGCGCACGCACGCCGGGGACACGCCGGGGAUCUGCUUCGGAAGCGAGGACGCGGGAGCGGCGGCGGCCCGACCCGGAAGCUGGGGCGGGGUUUCCCUUUUUCCGCUUGCCUGUUUUCUUCAUCGCAGUGAUCAAGCUUAAUCUGGGUGGGGAAAGUUUGGAAAGAUCAAUUCGGUGGAGAAGCACGAUUCAACAGGGAGGAGCUUCAAUCCGGUGAGCAGAAUUUCGAAAUCAGUUACGUUUCCUCAGAUGGCAUGACUCUCGUGUCCCCAGUUCCGCGCUGAUCUGUAGCUGUCUUGCCGGCGAUUUCGAAGGAGGGUAUGGAUCUGGGACCGUCGCUGCCGGACGACGUGCUCGCGGGCGUCCUCCGUCGCCUCGCGCCACGCGGCCUCGCCGCGUCCCGCUGCGUCUGCAAGGCGUGGCGACGUGUCGUCGACGACCACUGCCUGCUGCGCGCGGAUCUCCUGCCGCUCUCGCUGGGCGGCAUCUUCCUCAACUUGCAUGACCUACGUUUCACGCAGUUCCUCUCUCGCCCCACGACGGGCGCCGUAGUCUCCGGCCGGCUUGACUACACGGUGCCCGGUGAGCACGGCUUCAUGCCCCCCGUCUACGUCAGGGAUCACUGCAAUGGCCUCCUCUUGCUCGACCACUGCGUGGUGAACCCCGCCACACAGCAGUGGGCGCCCUUGCCCCCGCUCCCGCCAUUGCCCGACCCCCUCCACACGGAGCAGUACCUUCUGUUUGACCCCACCCUGUCACUCAAUUAUGACUUGUUGAUAGUGCCUGAUAUUCCUUCCGAGCUGAACGAUGAAUGUGAGGAAUCUGAAUGGCCGCCGUCCACCUUGAUACUACAUGUCUUUUCAUCAGAGGCUGGUUCUUGGGAGGAGAGGACAUUCGGACGGGAAGGGGAGGCUGCGGGGAUGUUAGCUGACAUGGUUGGGUCAAGACGACAUUUCUUCGACCGCCAAUGUGGUUUCUUCGUGCGUCAAUGUGGCUACUGGCGGGGAGAACUCUAUAUAUGCUGCGAGAACUGUUUUGUUAUGAGAAUAUCACUUUCAAACAAUACGUACCAAGCAAUUAGGAUGCCCACAGAAGAUGAAUUUUAUCUGGGAAAAUCAAUCAAUGGGAUAUACUGUGCAUCCUUAUUUCAGGGAUCACAACUUCAGGUUUGGUUCCUUAACGACCAAUGUGUUCAUGGUCAGACAGAGUGGGUGUUGAAGCAUGGCAGAGACAUCUUCCCCUUCCUGCCAAAUCUGAACUAUGACGAACAGUGUGAUGGUCCUUGGAUCUUACAAGAUUUUUACUAUUGCCGACAAGAAGAACAUAAUGCUUGUGGUGAAGCUUAUGAUGUGGUGUACAACAACGAAGCAAUACUUGAAGAGAAAUUUGUGUGGGACUCUGACAAUGAUAAUGUUCUGGAACCAGGAAGUAGGUGCAAGGAUUCUUAUAUCAAUUUUCUUGGAUUUCAUCCGUACAAAGAGGUUGUCUUCUUGAGUGAUAAAUUCGACCGGGUGUUAGCCUAUAAUUGGAGUAGCUCAAGGGUUCAAGAUUUGGGCAAGGUUUUCCCAAAAUUCUAUAUAGACUGGAAUCUCCAUUUCCACCAUACACUGGUAGUAGCGUCUUUCCCAUACACUCCCUGCUGGUUGGGAGAGCUCCCUGAGAAACUGAAUUUAGAAGCUCAGCUGGAAGAUUAGAAUAUGUUCCCUUGCAAGCUAUUUGAAGAUCCUGUUUGUUCGUUUGAUAUUUGUGUACACACAUUGCUCCCUGCAAAACUAAAUUUAUAUAUCUCAUUAUCUCCAGAUUAAAUUAUCUUAUUUUCCUUGCC